AUGGCUGGAGCUGGAACAGGAACAUCUAUGCUUGGAUCUCUUCUCUUGUUUACAGUGAUACUCUCUCUUCAAGAAAUUUACAGAGGAAAGUUAGCUUCUUCAGAAGUGUUCACGAUUCUUGGUGGAUUCACAAGCUCUCUCCUUUUUCUCUUUUCUCUCACUUUCAUUGGAAAUUUCCAGGAGUCUUCUGGUAUGAAGAGUGGAUGGGGUGCAGUCAUUCUUGCAGAAGUCAUAGCUCUUAUCGCUGCUAGCACGGUGCAUCGGGUUUGUAUUACAACCUGUUUCUUGUUCUCUGCUGGGCUAUUAUACGAGAUGAACAAGGUCUCGGGAUACAUGCUAUCCAAAACCGAGUCAAAGUCUAAGAGACACUGA